AUGCCUUUAAAAUUUGUUAAAAGCCAAAAAGUUAAACAACUUUUAAUAAACAAUGGAUAUUUGCAUAUAUAUUAUAAAAAGGGUAGUGAUAAAUUCAUUUGGCGUUGUGUUGAUUAUCAAAAAUAUAAAUGCAGCUCAUGCUUUACGUCAACAAUGGAUGAAACUGGGACAAUUAUGAAAGAGUCAGUUCAUUAUCAUGCACCAGAUAUUUCAAAUGUCCAGGCAAAAAUAGUUAUUGAAAAAUUAAAAGAAAACGCCUUAAUCACAGAAUUAUCAACAAGAAACAUUAUUAGUAGAACAAUGUCAACAACUGAAGUUGGUGUGGUUGGCCAGUUACCAAGUAUAACUUCGAUGUCUAGUACAAUCCAAAGAGUGAGAACGAAAAAUGAAAAACCACCUGAAAACCCACUGACCAUUCACGAUUUGGUAUUACCCGAUGAAUAUAAGAACAUACACGGUAAUAAUUUUUUAAUGUAUGAUAAUAAAAAAGAAAAUAGAAUAUUAAUGUUUGCUACAAAAGAAAAUUUGGACACACUUCAUACAUUUAAAAAUUGGAUGGCAGAUGGAACAUUUCGAGCAGAACAAACUUUACAAGAGGUUCGGUUAGAAAAAUUAAUUUCUGGAGAGCCUAGUCCAAAAAAAAAAAAAAAAUAUAAGAACCACGAUGAAAUGAUAUUGAACGUAGUGCAAAAAUUCAAUGAAACUCCAGCCGUUCUUUACUUAAGAGGAAUUGCUCAAAACAUAAAAUUUUAA